UUAUUUCAAGGCUCCCACUUUUAUUGUGAAUCCAAACCCUAUUUCCCAUUUCCCGUUACUCUCUCUCUCUCUCUCUCUCUCUCUGUGUGUGUGUGUCUGCUGUCUCCAGGCUCAGCACUCCAGGCGCCUCCUCCUCCUCCUCUUCCUCCUCUCUCCUCUUCCUCCUCUCUCCUCCUCCUCCUCCUCUAAACAUGGCGCCGAGCCGCAGCGUAGCAGCUUCUCCUACAGACGACGCAGAGAGGGACAGAAGGAGAAGAAGAAGAAGAAGAAGCAGCUGCUAAACCCUGAACCCUGAACGUGUUUUAAAAACUCCUUUGAAACGAACGCGACUUCUCCCUCUUUAAGGUUUCCACCGGAGACGUUUUGGAGACGUUUACGCGCCAGGUGCUGUGCGUAACGGAGAGCCCACCUGUCCGACGAAGGUAGACUUCACUCCGGUUCUUCUAGGAUGUGAAUCUCCCUGAUUUAUGUGAACUAACGGAGCAGACCGAGCAGACAGACGGGUACCUCGGGGUAAAAACAUGUGCAGCCUUCCGAGGAGCAGCAACACAGAGGCUGGAGAGGACUGAGUCUUUCCAGGGGAGAAAAAAACAACUUUUUGUCAGCUCUUCCACGCUGAGAGGAUGGAUGGAGAACAUUUCUCGCUGUCAGGAGUUGAGAGGGAAAGAGAGAAGCUUCCACCAAUUUACAACAGCUCCUCUUCUGCUGGUUUCGGGCGAGGAGCUAAGCAGCCGUUUCCGUCUCUGGGCACCUUCAUCUCCACGCUGAGCCAGAGGAGGGACACAGGGGGGCGGGGCUUUGCUGGCGGCAUGACGGGCACCCUGACCAGCACCCAGUGGCUCAGACACGGGAGAGAGCUGCCUCCGAUCUGCAGCGAUGUUCGUCAGAAGCAGCGGCUCUCCAUUGACACUCUUCCCCCAGAGGUCAAAGCUCCGUUCCCCUCCGACCCCAUCAUCCCCCUGCGUACCAAGACCACCAAGGAGUUUCAGGAGGACAUGGAGCGUGCCGUCCAAUCAGGUGACUGGAGGGAGGUUCGAGAGUUUUACCUGACCACCUUCGACUCCUUCAUAGAAAUCAACGCUGCCUUCAAGCGAGAGGCGAAUGGAUCAUUUAACACCAUAGACGACUCGGGAGUCAACGCCAAGUUUGUCAACGCUGUUUACGACGCACUGCUCAGCACACCUCAGGACAUCCAGAAGUCAGUGUUAAAAGGGAUCAUCAACAGCCUGCUGAGGGAGUGGAAAGGGCCUCGGACAAAAGAUGACCUGCGAGCUUAUUUCAUUCUUGUUCAGAACCCCCAGUAUUCGAGCACCAGUACCUAUGUGAUCUACGCUCACCUGCUGAGGCAGAUCGCAGCACUGUCCGAGGCCGACCACCACUUCCUGGUUCACUGGCUAAAGAAGUUGUCGGCGAGGCGUUUCAGGCAGCUGGUAGAGCGCCUCCUGCAGUUUAUCUCCACCCGUCUGUUUCCUGCAGAACCAGACGAACUUCCUCCUCUGGCCAAGUGCUCCUGGUGGAUCCCCUCUGCUACCAAAGUGCUCGGCCUGUUCAAUGCAGCCAACAGUGUCUCCUCCGCUCCCAUCAUGCCUUUCACUGACUUUUACAACAUCACGCUGGAGCACAUCGACUUCAUGGAGGAGUACAGGACCUGGCAGAGCUACGGCAACUCAAACAGGUUUUCCUUCUGUCAGUUCCCCUUCAUCCUUUCAACAGUGGUGAAGAAAGCCAUCAUCCAGAAAGACUCUGAGCAACAGAUGAUCAGUCAGGCCAGGCAAAGCCUUGUCAGUAAGGUUUCUCGCAGGCAGAGAGUGGACAUGAACCUUCUGUUUCUCAACAUUAAAGUACGACGAGCACAGCUCCUCAGUGACUCACUGGAUGAGUUGAUGAGGAAGCGGUGCGACCUGAAAAAGAAGCUGCGGGUGACGUUUGUCGGGGAGGCGGGGCUGGACAUGGGCGGCCUGACGAAGGAGUGGUUCCUGCUGCUGGUCCGACAGAUCUUCCACACAGACUACGGAAUGUUCACCUACAUGAAGGACUCGCGCUGCCAUUGGUUCAGCAGUUGGAAGUGUGACAACUAUUCAGAGUUCCAGUUGGUCGGGACUCUGAUGGGCUUAGCCGUUUACAACAGCAUCGCUCUGGACAUCCACUUCCCCCUCUACUGUUACAGGAAGCUCCUCACUCCACCUAAUGUACCAUGUGAUCAAAAUACCCUUGUUGGCAUGGCGACCGCCACCCUGGACGACCUGCAGCAGAUCAUGCCGGAGCUGGCUCACGGUUUGGGAGAGCUGCUGAGCUACGAGGGAAACGUAGAGGAAGACUUCUACCUCACCUUCCAGGUGUGUCAGGAGGAAAUGGGCGUGGUGAAGUCCCACAACCUGAAGCCCGGAGGAGACAAAAUUCCCGUCAAUAAGCAGAACAGGAAGGAGUACGUCCAGCUCUACGUCGACUUCCUGCUGAAUAAAUCCAUCUAUAAACAGUUUGCUGCCUUCUACCACGGCUUCCACAGUGUGUGUGCCUCCGAUGCGCUCAUGUUGCUGCGGCCGGAGGAGGUGGAGAUGUUGGUGUGCGGGAGUCCAGAGCUCGACAUGAGCGCUCUGCAGAAAGCUGCUCAGUAUGAAGGAUACAGCAAGGCCGAGACCACCGUACGGUGUUUCUGGGACGUGGUGUUGGCCUUCCCUCUGGAGCUACAGAAGAAGCUCCUCCACUUCGCCACAGGAAGCGACCGCGUUCCCGUCGGAGGUAUGGCCGACCUCAACUUCAAAGUCUCCAAGAUCGACGUUCCGACUGACUGGUUGCCGAUCUCUCACACCUGCUUUAAUCAGAUCUGUCUGCCUCCGUAUCGAACCAGGAAGGAGCUCAAGCACAAACUCACCAUCGCCAUCUCCAACGCCGAGGGCUUCGGCCUGGAGUGAACAGCCUGCACACACACACACACACACACACACCCACAGACUAUUAGCAGCGCUAGCUACCUGUCACAACUACCACAACGCACAUUAUGUGGUCGUGGAUCAGACUGUAAGAGGAAACACUAUUAUUAUGGACUGUAGUGCAGUUUGUAUGUUAUUUUGGGGUUGGAUUGUUGAACUUUGAUAAGACGGGAACUUCCUCCUGCUACAGCUGCAGAGGAACACUACGAAUCCUUUUAUUUGCACAUGUUAGCUCUACUAUAAGAAUAACCCUGAUUGAAGACAGUUAUAUUUUAGAUUUUUACUUAAAAGAACAUAACUUUCCGUGUCAGCCUUCCGGAAACUUCACUGGUCAAAUCACAGUUACAGUUUUAAAUAUUUCUGAUCUCAUACCAUUGAUCAAUGGUCAAUCAUAUGUGUUCUCUAGAGACAUUGUGUCAACAAAUCAGUAAACUUCUCUUAAAUUAUAAUAGGUUGCUGGUUUGCUCAGGUAAUUAUUAAUAGUAUUUUAUUAUUUCCUUUAACAGAUGACCAGGUAUUCGCCCACCAUUGAUAUUUACUUUUGUGUUAUUUUGUCGAGUACGUCUUCGUUAAGCCGGUUAAAUUGAGUUGAACAGAAAAAUUACAAAUGCUCAAAUUAAAUGGAUUCAAUAAGCAAUAUUACAUCAUUCAGUGUGAGAUAAAUAAAUAAUGUUUAUGACAGCAAUAAGACACAAAAAAAUAAGAUAAAAGAUAGAAAAAUAAUAUUCUAGAGUUCACUCAAGAUUUGAGAUGUAUGGUUUUAACAUUUCCUGUUUUGUGUUCAUUCUGACGUCACUGCUUCGGUGACUUUUCCAAUAUCUAUAUUUUUAUGAAGGCAUAGGAAAUGUGUUUUAUAUCACUAAGCUUUGUUUGCAGCACACUGUCAGGAUAUAAAAAGCUUUGCUGGGAGAAGAAUGCUAUCGUGUAUCAUGAGAUAUAGAUUGUCUCGUGACGUUUUGUUAUUGUUGUUUUUUUGACAUUGCCGCCUGUUUUAUUGAACAAAAGGCUGCAGCAGAAACGUUUUUAAUUGUGUUCUACAUGUUGUAGUAUUACGGUACAGUUGAAGCAGAGCUGUGGAUCGACAGCUCGGUGUUUGUUUUUGGUUUCUCUUGUGUUGUUUGUUGUAUCGUGGCUGCCAUCGGGCUCAGAGAUAAUGGUAGAUGUUGAUGUUGAGGAUGAAGCAGGAUGGGAAAAGAAGCCAUCUUCUGGAUGUCCUGCUCUGUUAUUAAUUAAUUAAUGAUUAUUACAUCAAACUAUAAUCACAGUCCUGUAAAGCAACUUUAGUAAAGCUCCUAAUUCUGUCAUUCAGUGAUUUUAAAUUUCCGCACUGUAACCUGGUGCAUGUAAACGUGUUUAAUAUGAAGUGUUACGUCUCAAUCACAGUUGCUUACACAGCAUCAGACUUCAUUAAAACUUUGAUAGAAUCGUAUUAGAUCAGUGAAGAUCGGCUUCUAUUUGAUCAUUUGUUGUAGACGAAAUGCAUUGAAGAUCAGAUUAAAUGGAGACUCUCUUUUUUUUUUAACUUUAAUGCCACUGCCGCCUCUUGUCUGGAGCUGAGCAGUGCUGGUUUUAAACACUCAGCAAUAUCCCAUAUAGGGUUGCCAUGGCAAGUUGUCUAAAGUCCCAACCGCAAACUGGCAGAAAACCCAGAAGUUACCAAGCAACAGCCAGGCAGCUCACAUCAGUCUGAUCUGGGUCGCUCAUUGACUCAUAAAACAACGGAUCCUUUCUAUCGUUUAACGACACGUCCAGUGCAACAGCAGGAGCCAGAAGCAGCUCUUCUCCAAGCAUCUGUAUGAGAAGGACUUCGUGAAACAUUCACGUCACGUCACAGCAGCUGACUGGAAAACAAUGUCAGCAUUCUUGUGCUGAUUACAAAAAAAGGACACAUUUUACGGCCUUGGAACGGGAGAUUAUGUAACUCUUGUCUGGUCAAUUGGGAUAAUGUGAUGUAAGAAAUUCAGUUUUUUUUUUUAGAUGUUCGUCUGACCCAUGUCUGUUGUUUGUAAAUGGGACCAAUCUGUGUCAGGUUAUACAGUGGGAUGGCAGUCUAGUCAAAGAUCAGUUUGGAAAUAGUUCAAACUGACUCUAAGGAUUUGUUGAGAUGUAAUUAUUUUCACUUGUAAGAUGUUUGAAAAGUGCAGACAGCACUUAAAGUUGAUAAAAGGUCAUGCUUUUUUAUUAUUAUUAUUUAACAAAUACAAGGUUUAUCAGUAUUUGUUAAAUGUUGUGUAAACUUCUGUACAGUCCUGAGUUGCAGCAGUUUGUAAUGCCACUCUAUCUUUAUAGGGAAUGACCAUACUGUACUGUUGCUCAAGUCUUACAUAAUGUAAUGUACUGUAUGUACUGCAGCGUUUCAGUAAAAGUGGACGAGGGUUCUGUAGGGAAAGA